UUUGGAGGGCGGGACUGAAUGGGGGUUAAUCAGAGGAUGCGAUUGCUGACCAUUUGCACUUUGGCAUGGCCCAUCCCCUAAUUUCUGACCAGAAGCCCUCCCUGUACCCUAAGCUCGUGCGUCACGACGCCGCCAGCUGAUCGGAGCCUGGAGCCGGUGUGUGCUGGGCGCCGUGAAGAGACAGCGCCGCCGGCCGUGGGGAGAGGACGCAGUGAUUUGCUCCCCUCUGCGCAGCAACCCCCACACCCAGCACCAGGCCCCCAGAACUCUCCUUCCAGCUGAACUCCCUGGGAACAAGUCAUUUGGGCUGAUGACUGAACUCAUAUUUCUGGACCUGAGGAGCCUGUUCCUCUCACACCCUCACCUGGCUGAGCCGCAGUAGUUCUUCAGUGGCAAGCUUUAUGUCCUGACCCAGCUAAAGCUGCCAGUUGAAGAACUGUUGCCCUCUGCCCCUGGCUUCGAGGAGGAGGAGGAGCCGCUUUUCCCGUCAUCUGGAAGGUGACAGAAAUGGGCUGGGAAGGUCCGAACAGCAGGGUUGAUGAUACGUUUUGGGAAAGCUGGAGAGCCUUUGCCCAGAUUGGCCCAGCAAGGAGCGGUUUUAGAUUAGAGACACUGGCUGAAUUGAGGAGUAGAAGGCUCAAACAAGCCCAGGUUAGUUGGUCUUUAUGUGACAGUGGGAAGAAGUGGAGAGAACACUGUCUCCCCGACUUCCUUCUUGACCCUCCUUCCGUGUCUCUCAUUCUUCCCCACUGGCCUUUCCAGAUGAGGUCCGAAAGUAAGCUCAGUCUUCCAGGAAAAGUGACACUGAACCCGGGUGUGAGGAUCAUCCCUCUGCUCUUAUUUUUCCCUGCAUUUCCUUAGGCUGGCCCAGACUCUCGAUUCCUGGCCGCUUACCUGUGUCUGAGACCCUUAGGCCUCCUGUCUCAGUUUCUCCACCUGUGAGAUGGGCAGCCAGACAGAUGAGUGUACGUGAGGGAGUCAGAAGCCCACCUGGGCUCUCGCGCCGCUGUGGGUGGGAACACACACCUUUUCACAUAAGCUGUUGUCCCUCCCCCAUCCCUGACACCAUCACCCAGGAGCUGGGCAGGGUAAUGGAAAGCUGGAGGAGGGGGUUAGAGUUAGACCAAUGCAAGGAGCUAGGAGGAGCUCGCCUCUCCACGAUGUCCCCCCAUGCAAGGGUGGCCCAAGGCUUCCCCUGAUAUCCAAAGCAAGACAGCAGCCCCUUGGUGGGAUUCUAACUGCCGCUGCCCUGUUUCUUUCCUCACUUUGCUUUCCAAGGUGGUGUGUGAUCCCCAGCUCAGGCCUGUGCAGACAGGAAAUUCUCCCCUGCAGCAAGCAGGGGAGGUGGGUUGUGGGAUGUGACCUCCUUCUGGAUAUCAGGCAGUGUAAACCUGCCCCCUCCAGCCCUGAUCCAUUCUCACCCAGCGGCUACAGGAAGCUGUCUGUUCAAUUUGGUGGGAGGAGAUGUGCAGGGAGCUGUAUCUUAUCCUCCGCUUGUGAAAAACUCAAGGAUGUGGAGAAGAGUAGACUGUGGAGCCCUGCCCUUCUGCAGCCAAGCUGAGUGGGACAGUGGUAGAGAGGAGGGGAUAGACGCAUAGGCUGCAACAAAGGUCACUCUGUUCCUGGACACUGCCUCCGUCCUUUCUUCUUGCUUCACUGGCCACAGCGUCUCCCUCCAGCCCUCGCAUGUGCCUCUGCCAUCUUCACCCAUCAUGGAGCAGAGGUGAGGAAAGGGAGCCUGGAAAUGCGGAGACCAGUGAAGGACCAGGCCUGGAGAGCACAGGGUCCUACCUGGGCAUCCAACAGGGGAGCCCAUAAAGGCCAGGAGCACCCCAAAAGGAGGGAGGACAGCCAGCCUCCAUCGACGGCGAGCCUCCAGCCCUCUCCUCCUCUGAUCACCAUUUCUCUCCAGGCUUUCUGCCUCCAAGAUGUGGCACCAUAGUGCAGUGCCCUGUGGCUUCACCGCCCUACUUCCACCUCCGCCCAGCCUGUCAUGUUUAUGUAAGCAGCCUCAAGGACCAAGAGCCAUCUGCGAAAGGACAUGCACAGGAAAUUCAUAAAAGAAAUCGGAAUGGAUAAAACCAUGAAAAAAAUGGAUGCUUCAUUAGUAAUUAAAGAAAGGCAAAUAGAGCUGAAAGCAUUUUUCCCUUAGCAAACCAUAACAGAAAAAAAUAAGACCCAAUAUUGGCAAAGAGACUACUGAAAUGACAUUGCCAUAUAUUGCACGUGGGAGUAUACAUCGUAUACGUCGGUGCAGGCUUCCUGGAUGGCGGUUGGGUAAUAUGUGUCAUGUAGCCUAAAAGCUCCACGUCCUUUGACCUAUGAAUUCUAUCUUUGGGAAUUUAUCCUAAGAAAAUAAUUAAGGAUUUAGUUAGUGAUAAGAUGUUCAUCCCAGGUUUGCAAUGGAGAAAAAUGGGAAGCAAUGGUUUGGUUGGGAAUUCAUUCCUUUUCUGCUGUAAUGAAAGUUUGCAGUAGGGGAUUUUGCUUAGGGAAAUUAUUGUAUCUCCAUCCAGAUGGUGGGGUACUGCACAGACAUUAAAAGUCAUGUAAAAGAACAUCUGACUGAAAGAAAAAUACUCCUUGAAUAUUAAAAGGUUGUAAAAAUAGUGCAUGUUAUGUGAUCUCAAUUUUGUCUUUUAAAGUAUGGGUGUAUACUUGUAUACGUAGAGCAGAUAAAAAAGACGAAAGGCAUGCUAAAAAAUGUUUAGUGGUUAUCUUUGGAUGGUGGAACAAAGUCACUGAAAUUUUCAUCUUUAGUUUUUCUGUAAUUUCCAAAUUUUCUACAUUAAUUGUGUAUUGCUUUCCUAUAAUAAAUAUAAUUUAAGAGAUUGGUGUUAUUAUUUAAACCUUUGGAGAAGUGGGGGUAGAAGAAUGGAGGGAAGACCUCAGCUUUUUGGUGAGAAGGUUUGGUUGGGAUGCCUCUUCGUCUAUGAACUUAAUUCUUUGAAGUAGCUGGAAUCCUUCCUCUUAGCCUGCAGGAAACAGCUCUGAAUUGCUGGCUGACUGCUAGCUGAAGAGGUGUGGAGUGGAGUAAGGUGGAAGGAAAGCAGUACAAACCUGGGGCUCUUCAGGUGGUGAGGGGCUGGGGGAAACUUUUCCUCUUAAGGCUGGAGGGUUCUAGAAUCUUAACAGCCCUGCUACUGAGAGCAGGACAGAUCUGUUUUUCUCUUCUGACUCUGUCCCAGCCUUGAAGGGACCCUGUGUUACCUUUCUUUGCCCUUGGAUUGUUAGAUACCCUACCUACCCAACAGGUACCAGGCCCUUGGGGAAGGGGAGUGCUUUUCAAGACCGGCGGCCAGCGAUUCCCUUUUGCCUCGUCUUCCUAAUGAGGCUCCUCUGUAGGGCCAAAAACAAUGCUGGGGGUCAGGGCGGGGCCCAGUGCGUCGCUUCUCCAACAUGGGGGCUCCUGAGGGUUGUGGAAGCGGGGAGCAGAACUGCUGGAAUUACAGGUUUUCUGGGAUAUGUUAAAGGCCUGGAAACCUCAGGAGGCAGAAGGGGUGGCUCCAAGAAAGUGGGGCGCCCCCUCCCCACCACGGAUGCUGGGAGGGAAGUGGGGGCGGCGGCGAGACUCGGGCAGGCACGUGUGGGCUGCGCUGGCCUCUGCCUUCCAGGGUGUGGCGGUGACGCUCAGUAGGUGAAAGGCUCUGGAGCUGGAGGAGGAGGUCGAGGUUCGCGGGCGGGGCCCGGGAGUGUCAGGUGAGGUUAGACUGGAGACCCAGGUCUGCAACUCCAGCGCUUCAGGACGCCUGGAGCUGGGGAGGAACCCAAUUGGUGAACAUCCUGGAGGCCCCCCGAGCUCCAGGGUCCGGAGCCCCCGAACCGCUCCCCUGGCUGGGGCGGGACGCGAUCGGUGGCCAAGGCUCCGGGGGUGGUGGCCCCGCGGCUGCUCCAAUCACCGCGCAGCCGAGGGAUGGGGCGUGGACGAGCAGGGAAAAGUUCCUGCGGAUUUCGAAGGCGGGGCGGGGAGGGGAGCCGGGGGCCCAGCCCUGCAGGAAAGCGGGUUCCAGUCCUGGCCGAGAGUGCGGGCACCAAGCGGACAGACCUGGACCCCCCGCCCCCCCAACCGCUGCCGGGCCAUGGCGCCCCCGGGGCUCCUGGUGGCCGGCGCCUCCUUCCUCGCGUUCCGAGGGCUGCACUGGGGGCUGCGGCGGCUGCCCACGCCGGAAUUGGCCGCUCGGGACCGCUGGCAGUGGCGGAACCUCUGCGUCUCCCUGGCGCACAGCCUGCUCUCGGGGGCCGGGGCGCUGCUCGGCCUGUCACUGCACCCUCAGAUGGCCGCCGACCCCAUCCAUGGCCACCCGCGCUGGGCCCUGGUGCUGGUGGCCGUGUCUGUGGGUUACUUCCUGGCAGACGGAGCUGACCUGCUGCGGAACCAGACCUUGGGCAAGACCUGGGAUCUUCUCUGUCAUCAUUUGGUGGUGGUGAGCUGCCUCAGCACCGCUGUUCUGUCUGGCCACUACGUGGGCUUCUCCAUGGUGUCUCUGCUCCUGGAGUUGAACUCUGCCUGCUUGCACCUGCGGAAGCUGCUGUUGCUCUCUCGCCAGGCCCCAUCCCUGGCCUUCAGCGUGACCAGCUGGGCCUCCUUGGCCACCCUGGCCCUCUUCCGCCUGGUCCCGCUGGGGUGGAUGAGUCUGUGGCUAUUCCGGCAGCGCCACCAGGUUCCUCUUGCUCUGGUCACCCUGGGUGGAAUUGGGCUGGUCACUGUGGGCGUCAUGAGCAUCAUAUUGGGGAUCCGCAUUCUGGUCAAUGAUGUCCUGCAGUCUCGAACCCAUCCACCCAGCCCCGGGCACGAGAAAACCAGGGGGACCAGGACACAUCAUAACGAUGGACCUGUCACCAGGGACAAUUCCACUCUCAGCCUGAAAGACUAGAGAGAAGCCAUGGGCCCCUCGCUGGGGGAGGUGGGGCCAGGACAAGGAGAUGAGGGUCUUCCAUGCACAGUCCGCCAUCGGGGUGAGGGCCAGACUGGCUCAUCAGCAUCUCAGUUUCUCUUCCAGCUAACUCACAUCCCUUCCCCUUGCUAGGAUCUAAGAAGAAAUGCUGAUGUUGGAUGGGUGGGAAUCUGGGUUUCUGUUCACUGAAAUCCGUCAUCAGAUGACUGCCCUUUCCAGCAAAUAAACUCAAGAAGUACAGCCAGAUCUGUCAGUAAAGGGUGGCAGGAGGCAUGCAGCUGGAACAAACUGCCAGUGGAGACAGAAGCUCUUUGCUUUAACCCAGGGACAUACCGGGGAAGGUGAAGUCCCACUAGGAUCAGAGAGAUCUGGUAUGGGGCGAGUAGGGACAGAGAAAA